CGGUAAUCCGCCGUAUUAUUUAGUGUUCGGGAGGGCAGCCAAACAUCGUCCGACCCGGAUUGAAUGCUUUUGCUCAACCCGAUUCGCGAUUCAGGGCGAAGGUGAGCUUAAAAUCGGGCCUAGAAUUUUUCAGUCUUACGACCCUGUAACAAGCAUGCGAGUUUAAUGCAUUACUUUAGGUUGUUCCUCCGAAGCCCUUCUCCAGCUACUCCUCGCUGGAUCUCCCUUCUUUUCUUUAAUUACUUGUCACCCCCUCCCUGGGUUGUCGUCUUAAUACUCUUAUAUACCCUUAUAUACCCUAUUCUUAUUCUUAAUUUUUAUACACCUAUUGUGAUACCCCACACCUAAUCCUGAGACUGAGCUUCUCAGCUUCACAUCACCAUGUCUCUCCUAGGGACGUUAAACCCUAAUGUUAAUCCCGAACGUACGGUGGCCGGGCAAGGCAUCGACAUUGAAGAGGAGGAAGCUCGAAUCGAAGCCAACAAGCAUGAUGGAGGCAGCCUGAGCACCGAUGACACAGCACUGGACCGAACACACGAAGUGGGCAACGAGGCCGUUGCCGACGAGGAAAUCACUCGCCUGGCCCAGCGAUUAACACGCCAGUCAACCGCCAACUCUGCCAUCGCCGGUGGUGAGAACCCGUUUCUUGAAACAAAAGAGGAUUCCACCUUGAAUCCUCACAGCCCGAACUUCAAGCCUCGGAAUUGGAUGAAGAACCUGCUGGCACUCAGCGCUCGCGACCCAGAAAGAUACCCCCGCCGUUCGGCAGGUAUUGCAUUCAAGAACCUCAGCAUUCAUGGAUUCGGCAGCCCAACGGAUUACCAAAAGGAUGUGUUCAACUCGGUUUUGCAAGUCGGAACCCUUUUCCGCGCCAUGACCGGCACCGGCAAGCAGAAGAUCCAGAUUUUGCGUGACUUUGAUGGUCUUGUCAAGAGCGGAGAAAUGCUCGUGGUAUUGGGCCGACCUGGAAGUGGUUGCUCAACUUUCCUGAAGACCAUGGCCGGCGAGAUGAACGGUAUUCACAUGGAUGAACAGUCUCAUCUGAACUACCAGGGUAUCACUGCCAAACAAAUGCGCAACCAAUUCCGAGGUGAAGCUAUCUAUACCGCCGAAACCGAUGUCCACUUCCCUCAGCUUUCUGUUGGCGACACUUUGAAGUUUGCGGCCCUUGCCCGAGCUCCUCGGAACCGUCUACCCGGUGUUACACGGGAACAGUAUGCAACGCACAUGCGGGAUGUCGUCAUGGCCAUGCUGGGUUUGUCGCACACGAUCAACACCAGAGUUGGAAACGACUUUGUCCGUGGUGUCAGUGGCGGUGAACGCAAGCGUGUUAGUAUUGCGGAGGCCACACUCAGUGGUAGUCCCCUUCAGUGCUGGGAUAACAGUACUCGAGGAUUGGAUAGUGCGAACGCACUGGAGUUCUGCAAGACUUUAAACUUGAUGACCAAAUAUGCCGGGGCUACUGUCGCUGUGGCUAUCUACCAGGCCUCUCAAAGCGCCUACGAUGUUUUCGAUAAAGUGACUGUCCUGUAUGAGGGCAGACAAAUCUAUUUCGGACGCACCGAUGAAGCCAAGGAGUUCUUCACCACCAUGGGCUUUGAGUGCCCUGAACGUCAGACAACAGCCGACUUCCUGACCUCCCUUACCAGCCCGUCUGAAAGACUUGUGAAGCCUGGUUUCGAGGGCAAGGUCCCCAGGACACCCGAUGAAUUUGCCGCUGCCUGGAAGAACAGCCAAGCACACGCAAACUUGAUGAGGGAAAUUGAGGAAUACGAAUCAACAUACCCUCUUGGUGGUGCAUCAGUGGACCGGUUUGUCGAAUCUCGCCGAGCGAUGCAGGCAAAGAACCAGCGUGUGAAAUCGCCCUACACAAUUUCUAUCAUGCAACAGAUCAACCUCUGUAUGGUUCGAGGCUUCCAGCGAUUGAAGGGUGAUGCCAGUUUGACCCUCAGUCAGUUGAUUGGAAAUUUCAUCAUGGCCUUGAUUAUUGGAAGUGUCUUCUACAACCUGCAACCCGAUACCCAGAGUUUUUACUCCCGUGGAGCUUUGCUUUUCUUUGCUGUUUUGCUUAAUGCGUUUUCUAGUGCGCUCGAGAUCUUGACCUUGUACGCACAACGUCCUAUAGUCGAGAAACAAUCCCGUUACGCCAUGUAUCAUCCGUUCGCCGAAGCCGUCGCCUCAAUGUUAUGUGACAUGCCAUACAAGAUUCUUAAUGCAAUUACGUUCAACGUUACGCUCUAUUUCCUUACGAAUCUCCGACGUGAGCCUGGCGCAUUCUUCGUGUUCCUUCUCUUCACCUUUAUCGUCACUAUGACCAUGUCUAUGCUCUUCCGAACGAUCGCUUCUGCUUCUCGGACCCUAUCUCAGGCUCUGGUGCCCGCUGCUAUCCUCAUUUUGGGUUUGGUCAUUUACACUGGUUUCACAAUUCCCACUCGAAACAUGCUUGGCUGGUCCCGAUGGAUGAACUAUAUCAAUCCCAUCGCGUAUGGCUUCGAAAGUUUGAUGGUCAACGAAUUCCAUAACCGGAAAUUCGAAUGCGGUGAUGCAUUGGUUGUCCCAAGGGGUGAUGGAUAUGAUAACUUGCCAUGGGCAAACAAGGUUUGCUCCACGGUUGGAUCGGUCGCCGGAAACAAGGAAGUCCAUGGAAACGACUAUCUCAGCCAGAGCUUCCAGUACUACGCAAGCCACAAAUGGCGAAACUUGGGUAUUAUGAUUGCCUUCAUGAUCUUUUUCCUGGUCCUUCAUUUGGCUGCUACCGAGUACAUCUCUGAAGCCAAGUCCAAGGGAGAAGUGUUGCUUUUCCGCCGCGGUCAGGCUCCUCGUGGCAAUGGAUCGGAUGAUCUUGAGGUUACCCAACAGGUGGCCCCUGCUGAGAAGACCGAAGAAUCGCACGAGCAAAAGGCUGGUGCUGGAAUUCAGAGACAAGAGGCUAUCUUCCACUGGCAGGAUGUGUGCUACGACAUCAAGAUUAAGGGUGAACCUCGCCGUAUUCUCGACAAUGUUGAUGGUUGGGUCAAACCGGGUACAUGCACUGCUCUCAUGGGUGUUUCUGGUGCUGGUAAAACAACGCUUUUGGAUGUCCUUGCCACUCGUGUCACUAUGGGUGUUGUCACUGGUGAAAUGUUGGUUGACGGCCAGCCCCGAGACCAAUCUUUCCAACGGAAGACGGGUUACGUGCAGCAGCAGGAUCUUCACCUUCACACAACCACAGUCCGUGAGGCACUUCGAUUCAGUGCAGUUCUUCGUCAACCUGCCCAUGUCAGCCGCCAAGAGAAACAUGACUACGUUGAGGAGGUUAUUAAGCUCCUCGGAAUGGAAUCCUAUGCUGAUGCUGUUGUCGGUGUUCCUGGUGAAGGUCUCAAUGUUGAACAACGUAAACGUCUUACCAUUGGUGUUGAACUGGCAGCCAAACCCCAGCUGCUUCUGUUCCUCGAUGAGCCUACUUCCGGUCUUGACAGUCAGACUUCUUGGUCUAUUCUCGAUCUCAUCGACACCCUUACCCAACAUGGUCAGGCUAUUCUGUGCACUAUUCACCAACCGUCUGCUAUGCUUUUCCAACGUUUCGAUCGUCUGCUGUUCCUCGCCAGGGGUGGUAAGACCGUCUAUUUCGGCGACAUUGGAGAAAAGUCAUCUACUCUGGCUAGCUACUUUGAGAGGAACGGAGCCCCGAAACUGCCCGCUGAUGCAAACCCUGCUGAAUGGAUGCUUGAAGUUAUUGGAGCCGCCCCUGGAUCGCACAGUGAUAUUGACUGGCCUGCUGUUUGGCGCGAGAGUCCUGAACGCAAAGCGGUGCAUGGCCACCUGGCUGAAAUGAAAGCAACAUUGCCACAGAAAUCGGCCGGAAAAACCGAUGCUGAUCCCAGCAGCUACAACCAAUUUGCAGCCCCAUUCACCGUGCAGCUCUAUGAGUGUCUGGUUCGUGUCUUUUCGCAAUACUGGCGGACGCCCAUCUACAUCUACUCGAAGACGGCUCUCUGUAUUCUCACCUCGAUCUACAUCGGUUUCUCCUUCUUCCAUGCGAAAAACAGUCAACAGGGUCUCCAGAACCAGAUGUUCAGUAUAUUCAUGUUGAUGACCAUCUUUGGUAACCUGGUUCAACAGAUCAUGCCUAACUUCUGUACUCAGCGUUCCUUGUACGAGGUUCGUGAAAGACCUUCGAAGACCUACUCAUGGCAAGCCUUUAUGACCGCCAACAUUCUCGUCGAGCUUCCAUGGAACAGUUUCAUGGCCGUCAUCAUCUAUGUUUGCUGGUACUACCCCAUUGGACUCUACCGGAAUGCCGAGGAAACAAACUCCGUCCACGAACGUGGAGCACUGAUGUUCCUCCUCAUCCUCACCUUCCUCCUCUUCACCUCGACUUUCGCGCAUAUGAUCAUCGCGGGUAUCGAACUCGCAGAAACAGGCGGUAACCUGGCCAACUUGUUCUUCUCCCUUUGUCUGGUCUUCUGUGGUGUCCUCGCAACCCCCGAACAACUCCCCGGGUUCUGGAUUUUCAUGUAUCGUGUCUCUCCAUUCACAUAUCUCGUAUCCGCAAUGCUUUCCACCGGUGUCGGAAACGCACAGGCCACCUGCGAACCCGUCGAAUUCAUCUCCUUCGACCCUCCCUCCGGUACAACUUGCUACAACUACAUGCAGCCUUACAUCGAGGCCGCGACAACUGGAUACCUCCAGAACCCGAACGCCACCAGCGAUUGUUCCUUCUGCACCAUCUCCUCGACCAACGCUUACCUGGCCCAGGUCGAUGUCUACCCCAAGGACAGCUGGCGGAACUUUGGCCUCAUGUGGGUCUACAUCGUCUUCAACAUCUUCGGAGCUGUUUUCAUCUACUGGCUUGCUCGUGUCCCCAAGGGUAACAAGACCAAGAAAACUAACUAGGGGCCUUUUUAAUUUUUUCUUUUCUUUUUUUCCCAUAACCAUUUACUGCUUUCCCCUCCUGCAUCCUUUCUUUGAAUAAAAAGAAUGAAUUCAUGAUGUUGAUUAUGUGGUGGAAAUUACUCGUUUUUGGAUGUACCACAAUUUUCUUUUAAUGUUAGAUGUUUUGCUACUUUGGCGGACAUGGAAUUUCAGUGUUGUUUUCUAACCUUUUCUCUUCUCUGUGCAUAUUGGAUUAUAUGGAUUUUGUCUUUGGCGAUUUGCAUCCAUUUCAUACAUAGGCUUCUUAUUUUGCCUACAUUGCUAAAAUUCACGUUUUAAACUUGCUAGAUACACUGGACAUAAUAUAGCUAGCUCAAUUAAAUUAAGUCUACAAAAUUUACUACAAGUGAAAUUCCUGCAUACU